AUGUCUUCUCACGCUUCAAUAACCACCCAGGAAGCCCUCGAUGCUCCGACAACCUCCCCAGCGUACACCCUCUCGCGCACCGAUUCCUUCUUCUCAAACUCGCAGCAUCCCGGAAGCCCACCAACCCGCGAAGCCGCAGAAAGUCUCAUCCGCGAGGCCAAAAACGUUGCCGAACUUGUUACAAUGAGCAACGCCACCUCGACAAUAGACAAGACCCUCUUCAUGGACCUCUUCGACAACAACCGCACACCGCGUGCCCAAGCCGCUCCCAUUGCCACCAAGAUGGCCGUCUUCGCCGAGGCCCAGCUCCUAACUUCCAUCAACUCCGCCAUGGAAGUACCCGGAGGGCUGUCGUACGCACUUGAUGAAGCCCUCGGUCGUGGCGAGAAGUACAGGAGGUGGCCUAUCUUUAGCAAGAUCCAACUUCUCGAUAGGUAUCAGGCUGAUCCUGACGAUAGGCGUGCGUGGUCGAAACACGGGCUUUACGCUCAACGAUGCCAUAAUGCGCACGUUCUUGGAUAUACGCGAGAGGCGAUGCGUCAGGCGGAGGAAACACCAAGAGGAGAGAGGCAGUGGGAAAUUAUGCGGAAUGUUUACCCACGUAUCCUAGCGGCCUGUGAGGAUGUGGCGCAGACUGUCGGGGCGAUGCUGCCGGAUUUGCUCCCGAAAUCGGCAACCCUCAGCGAGCAAGAAGCAGGGAAUGAGGCCCCUCUGGUACUGGAAAAUGAGGAACAAGAAGCGGAAGAGGCAUUAGUCGCGGAGGAAGAGGCAUGGAAAGACGACUGUUUUGAGAACGAAAAGGGCCACUGGGUCACACAAACGGUAAAGGAAGAGGCCAUUUGGGCGGUGGAUGAGGCACAAGAAGAAGUAAAAGAAGUAGCAGGAGAGGAGGAAGGGGUAUGGAACGACCUACCGUAUGAGGACGCAAAGGGCAAGUGGAUCACGCAGCCGGCGCAAGUAUCAACGGAAGUGGCGACGAUACGGGUCCCAAGCCUCAAAAGAAUCCGCAGACAGUGGGCGUGUCGCGUGCAGAAUACGACGAAAUGUCGCCCGAGAUGGGUGUACUGAGG